AGCAGCCAUUCAUUUUGGAAUCUCAUCGUCUCCUCCUCUUCUUCUCUCUCACCCACAAACCCAAAAUUUCUAAAAACCAAUACCAUCCAUUCUGCAACUCUCUCAAUCAAUAUCCCUACUUUUUCCCUUCUCUUUUUCUUCCCCCUACUGAGGCCUAAAGCUCAAUCCUUUUCUCUUUCUCACUCUCACUCUCUACCCCAGCUAGUUUUUUUAGCUCUUUCCUUUGAAUUUCCUAUCUGGGUUUCAAAUACUUUGUGGUGCACAUGGGUCUUGCUGCAGCUUUGGGACAAAUUGCUGGUUGAUAUGGGGUUCUUGAAUUGAUACAGGAUCCGGAGCAAGACAGUGCUGAAAGAUUUGGUGGACAAUCGGGCAAGAUAGCAAGAGGAAAGCUGAAGGGCACCCACCAACGAGUGUAUGAGAGGAUGUUGAUGACUAUUGUUUAGUUGGUUCUAGACUGGAGAUUUUAUUUGGUUGGAGAGAAGUUUUUGAAUAGUCCAAAAAGCCUUUGUAAACCAACGCUAGUGCUAGGUAUUGAAGCUUAUGGGUUUCAACUUUGAGUUUUAACUGAUAUCCUUUAUUUGCAUUGGCUGUUGUACUUAGCCGCAGAUAUGUAUUGGGUCUAAAUAUGGAAGACCCUGGCCACCUUGAAUUAAAAUUGGGAGGUCUAUACUUAGCUGUUGAUGAGAACCUUUUGACCCACCAACAGUUCCUGAUCUCCACCUUGAGGACAAGUUGCGAAUCAGUGGGGCAAUACCAAGACUUACCUUUUAAGUUUCACGUUCUCUGAAUGUCAAGAAGGGGUAAAGGGUUCAUUGUAUAAAAUUAGGAAGUUGCAUUACUAAUAGAAAGGCAUUUACAAUAAUAUAGGUGGUGAUUGGAUGAAUAAAUAGGGCGUGUUUUGAUCUGAUUAAGGACUGUUAUUUUGGAGGAAUAUACUUGAAACAUAUGCUGGUUACAACUGAAGGAGAUUUUUUCAAGAGCUGUCGAACUCAUGUAUAUACUUAUGGCGAUUCACAGUUUGACUGCAAGAAUUUCUGCUUCAACUGGUCCAUGGAGGCCCGGAGGCUUGCCAUUCUCUGUUCGCAUCUCUGCCCAGUUAACUUGGGAAGUAGCCCAGCUCCUCUCUUGAAUCUUUCCUCUUCGAGCUGUGCUUCUGGAUCCAAGAGUGAGCAUCUAAUUUAUGAUUCUCAAAAGGGCAGUCUGCAAGAUGACUGUGUUUUCUGCAAGAUUGUACGAGGCGAGGCACCUGCUUUUAAGCUCUAUGAUGAUGAUAGUUGCCUUUGUAUAUUAGACACAAGACCACUGAGUAAUGGGCACUCUCUAAUUAUACCAAAAUCUCAUUAUUCUUCGUUGGAAGCUACACCUCCUUCUGUGAUAGCUGCAAUGUGUUCGAAAGUUCCCAUCAUUAGCAAUGCAAUAAUGAAGUCUACUGGUAGUGAUUCUUUCAACUUAUUAGUUAACAAUGGUGAGGCUGCUGGUCAAGUUAUAUUCCAUACUCACAUUCACAUAAUUCCACGCAAGGCGAGGGAUUGCUUAUGGGCAUCUGAGAGUUUGGAGAGAAGAACACUAAAAUUUGAUGAGGAGGCAUCAAGGCUUGCAAAAAGUAUACAAGAAAUUUUACACAGCACCAAAGAGAAUGAUAGCAAGGUUCAAGAAUCAAAUCUCACUGAAAAUUAGUAAUGUAAUUAGCCUGCUGCUACUAUUUUAGCUUUGUAUUAUUUUGUACCAUAUUCAUGUCUGUGAAUUUCAGUUUAUUAUUCUUUUUGACCACCAUACACUUGGAUAAUUGAUGAACAAUAAGGGAGGAAAAAGAAAGGUUUGCUUGUAAA